CAGAGGAAGGGGGCUGCGGCGGCCCCGGAAGUCCUCCUGUGACCCGGAAGCUACCUUCGUUCGGGCCGGAAGUUAUCCUUCCUCCCCUUCUCGCUCCCUUUCUGUCGCCAUCUUGUGCCCAGCUCGUCUUCUUCAAAAUGCCUGGUGAAGCCACGGAAACUGUCCCAGCAACAGAACAGGAGUUGCCACAGCCUCAGGCUGAGACAGUAACUCCACUCCCAGUUCCUGGGGCUCCUGUGGAAGUGAAGCUGGCAGCUGAGGAGUCCAAACAGGCUGCUGCCAAGAAUCCUGAGGUGGCAGGCAGGGGUUCUCAGUCUGAGACAACUCUGGAGCCAUCAGCCCCUGCUGUUCCCACCCUUUCUGCUGGUGCUCCAGAAGCACCCACAGCCUAUUUUUCUCAGCUUCUCAUUCAAGCACCAGCUGCUGCUGUUUCCAGCUCCUCCAUUUCUAGUCCUCACCCUUCAUCCCACCAAGCUAACUCUCCCAUUGCUGGGCUCUGCCCUUUCAAUACUUCACUAGCACCUGCCUCACCUGAGAAGUUUUUCUCCCUAGUGGCUACUCCUUCCCCUUCCUCCCCAGUGCCAGACACUCAUGGCCCUUCCUUACCAACUGGUGAUCCAACUCCCUCUACCUCUUUGAACCCAGCAAACCUGGUUGCAUCUUCAUCAGUAGUUUGUUCCCCACCUACAAGUGUUUCACUGAGGCCUCUGGCUUCUCCUCCAGUCUCAGCCAUUCCUUCUGAGACUGAUGGCUUACCAUACCUAGCCUCCCCUUUAAACCCAGUACGGACACCAGCUGUUGCUUCUUCCAUUACCCCUCCUGAAGUCCCAUCCACUCCACCCAUAGCGGCAGGUCCUCUCAAAACUUCACCUCUUCUUAUUCAGACACCUUCAGCCACACCAGCUUCUCAGAUGCCGGCUCCUUUCAUUCUCCCAGUGGCUCCUGUUUCUCCUCCUUCGGCUCCCACUGCUCUCCCUGCCAUUCCAAAUCCUUUUGCUGCUUCUCCUGUCACUUCCAAAGUCCCUGUCUCUACUCAUGCUGCUCCUGGUCCAGCUCCUGCUUCAGUUUCUUUUUCUGCGGUCCCAAUCAUGGCUCCAUCUCUUUCCCCAAUUUUUUCUAUUCCUCCCUUUGCAAUACCGCUUGUCCCUGAAAUCCCUUCUCCAGCUCCUGUUACUCCAGGGGCACCUAUUCUUGGCCCUGAUGCUCCUGUUUCACCCAGUGUGUCUUUUCCUGUUCCCCAGGAUGCUUCAUCUCAGAACAAAAAGAUCCAGCCUGCUUUUCCUUUGACCCUUUCAGAUGCUUCUGCAUCCAUCCCCAUGAGUUCUGCUAGCACAUGUCUGUCUACUCUUCCUCUUGCAGUGACCGCUUCCAGUCCUGUAGCACCUGGACAGAUGCCUGUGGGGCCUGUUUCCAAUCCUAUGAGUUCUCCAUUAGCAUCUGUCCCGGUGGUACCUGCUUCCUGCCCCUUGGCCCCUGCAGUCCUCCCUGCUGUGAAACCAUUGACACCUAUAAAACGUACUUCUCCUUCAGCAACUACACCUGGUCCUGUAACUCCUGUAGCACCCUCUUCUUCUACUCAACUUGGUGCUCCUCCUUUAGCAUCUGCCUCUUCUGAAGAACUUGUGAUCUCAGGAGUGCCUGCAUCUAAAUCAAUGGCAGUUGGAGUGUCCCCUGUGACAGCUACUUGCUCCAUGAGCCCCGUAGUUACCACCAUAUCUUCUUCCCAACAGAUAUCACCUGCCCCCUGCCCUCUGCCAUUGUCUGGCCCUGCUCCUUUAAUCCCAGCAGGGCCUACUUCUACACCAUUAGCUCCUGCAAUAUCAUCUGAGAGACCUGUGUGUGGCCUUGCCGCUCCAGCAGUUCUUGCUUCUGAUCCUGGGCCACCUGUUUCCCCAUCUGUAGCAUCUAUUUCUGGUUCUGUAACUGCUCCUUUGACCCCAGCAGGACCUGCUCUUAAACCUUUGACAGCUGCAUCUGGCUCUGUAGCUCUACCAGUAGUAUUGCCUCCUACUUCUGCAGCCCCGGCUUCCAGUUCGGUAGCUCCUUCUGAGGCACCUGCUAGACCUGCUCCUUUGCUAGUGGCACCUGCAGUAUCAUCUGCGAAGCCGGCUCCUCCUUUGGUGCCUUCUGCCCCUGUGGCUCCAGCAGGACCUGCUCCUGUAUCACCAGCAUCUGCAUCGGCGCCUGUGAAAUCUACUUCUCCCUUGGCACCCAUUUCUGUCACUGUAACCAAAGCAGUGCCUGCUUUGAGCCCUGUAUCCCCAGCAGCAUCUGCUGCUACACCUCCAGCCUCUACAGUGUCACCUGUGAAGACCACUUCUCUCAUAUCACCCAUUUCUAGCCCUGAAACAAAACCAACAUCUGCUUCUAGCUCUGUGGUUGCAGCUUGUGACCCCUUGACCCCAUCUGGGCCUACUCCUACAUCACCACCUCCUGCAGUGAAGCCUGCUACUCCUUUGGCACCAGCUUCUGACCCUGCAAUCUCCCCUGUGACUGCUAAAGCUUGCCCCAUGGCUCCAUCAACGCCUGGCCCUUGGCCUGCAGCCCCUGUUUCGCCAACUUCUCUCCCUGAGACUGCUCCGAUGCCAAUCUCUAAUCCUCUGAUGUCUGCACAGGUGGUCCCAGUAGUGUGUGCUGGUAGUAAUACUGUGCCCUCUAUGAUAUCAGAUCCUGUGACCUCUGCAGUUUCUGCUGUUGGCCCAAAAGCUCCUUCUGUGUCUGUUUCCGUGACUUCUUCUGUGACCCCUGCUCCUCCUCCUUCCCCCCCAUUUAUCCCUGCUGAUGACCUGGCACCCAUUCCAGCAGCACCUGUAACCUCUCUUCUUACCCCUGGGGCCACAACUCCCCUGAAAGCUCCUGCUGUGUCAUCUGCUGGUCCAUCUGCUCCUCCUCCCCUUAUUCCAGUACCUCCUGGAUCUCUCUCUGCCACCAAACCUCCAGCUGUCCUUGCAGGCUCUGCUGCCUCUGCCUCAGAUGUGUCCCAGGCUCUUCCUGCCUCCUCUGCUGGGUCUGUGGUGCAUCCACAGAAAGCAGUGUCUCUGCCUCCUACAUCUGCUGACAUCCCCGUUUCUGCCCCAGCAACCAGUAGUCUCUCCCAGCCUGCUUCCUCCGUACCUGCUUCCCCUGUGAAAAAGCUAACACCCUCAUCUGCACUUCCUAAGUCACUGUCAGUUUCACCCCCAUCUGGUCUAGCACCUGAAGUGCCAGCCAAACCCUCCACCCCUGCCUCUGCUGUCAUCGAAGACGACGAUCUGCCACCUUUGAUCCCUCCAGAGGCACCUGCUGGAGAGCCACCUCUGCAGCCAGCCCUGGUGAAUUUCUCUCCCAAACCAGCUGUGGUCCUUGCUGAGGUCCCAGCUGCUGCUGCUGUUCCUCCUUCUCUUCCUCCUGCCAAACAGCCUGCCUUGAAGAAUGACAAGGGGUCUGGGACAGAAUCCGACAGCGAUGAAUCAGUUCCGGAACUUGAAGAACAGGACUCCACACAGGCCACAACACAGCAGGCACAGCUUGCAGCAGCAGCUGAAAUAGAUGAAGAACCAGUUAGCAAAGCAAAACAGAGCCGAAGUGAAAAAAAAGCACGCAAGGCAAUGUCCAAGCUUGGCCUUCGCCAGGUCACAGGUGUAACCAGAGUGACUAUCCGGAAAUCCAAGAGCAUCCUGUUCGUCAUCACCAAGCCAGAUGUAUACAAAAGUCCUGCAUCAGAUACCUAUAUAGUCUUUGGUGAGGCAAAGAUUGAAGAUCUGUCACAGCAAGCACAGCUGGCGGCUGCUGAAAAAUUCAAAGUGCAAGGAGAAGCUGUUUCAAACAUUCAGGAAAACACACAGACCCCCACUGUACAAGAGGAGAGCGAAGAAGAGGAGGUUGACGAGACUGGCGUUGAGGUGAAGGAUAUUGAGUUAGUUAUGUCCCAAGCGAAUGUUUCCCGGGCAAAAGCCGUCCGCGCCCUGAAGAAUAACAGUAACGAUAUCGUAAAUGCUAUUAUGGAAUUGACGAUGUAACCACACAGAAAGGGGAACCCUUUUGGUGUUUCAGAGGAAAGUUAAAUUGCAGCUAAAUUCAAAAUUUGUACUAUUUCUAUCGGUUAAUAAAAGUUGUGGUUUAAAA